AUGGGUGACUUGGUAAUGACGACAACUAAGAAGGAUGGAGGUUCAUCCAUAAAGUGUCCGAUGUUAACAGCAACCAAUUACACCGUAUGGGCAAUACGGAUGAAGAUGCUACUUAGGGUUCAUAAAGUGUGGGAAGCAGUCGAGAGCGAAUCAACCGAAGGAGACAAGAAUGACUUAGUGACAGCCCUUCUCUUUCAAUCAAUCCCGGAGACUCUGAUCCUACAAGUUGGAGCACUUGAGACCGCAAAGAAGGUUUGGGACGCAAUAAAGACCCGACAUGUAGGAGCAGAUAGGGUUCGAGAAGCAAGGCUACAAACCUUGAUGACUGAAUUCGAGCGGCUAAAGAUGAAGGAAACUGAUAAGAUUGAUGACUUCGUGGGCAAGUUAACAGAGAUAUCAUCAAAGUCCGCUGCAUUGGGUGAGAGUAUGAAUGAAGCGAAACUCGUAAAAAAAUUCCUUCAAGCGUUACCACGCAAGAAGUAUAUCCAUAUAGUCGCUUCGCUCAAGCAACUAUUGGAUUUAAACACCGCGAGUUUUGAAGACGUUAUAGGGCGUUUGAAAGCAUACGAGGAGCGUAUCAUGGCGGAAGAAGAGGAGGAAGACACACAAGAAGAUCAGAGCAAGCUCAUAUGUGACAAGCUAGGACACUUUUCAGCUACAUGUCCCGAUAGAUUGCUUAAGCUACAAGAAACAACUGGGAGUAAAGAUGGAGAUGAAACCCAAGAAGCCGACAGACUCAUGAUGCACGAAAUUGUCUAUCUCAACGAACGAAACGUGAAACCUAAAGAGUUUGAAUCAAGUACUGAUAGCGACAGAGUGUGGUACUUAGACAACGGAGCCAGCAACCACAUGACUGGAAACCUAAGCUACUUUAAAUUCUUAGACGACACAAUCACGGGAAAAGUUCGUUUUGGAGAUGAUUUGAAGAUAGAUAUCAAAGGGAAAGGUUCCAUUCUGUUCGUGAGUCUAGACGGGAAAAAGAAAACACUUGCAGACGUCUAUUUUAUCCCAGAACUUAAGAGCAAUAUUAUAAGCCUCGGUUAA